AUGUACAGGACAGAGAAUCUGAUUUUAGGAGCCCAUGGUGCUAUUAUGGUUGGAGUCAAGGUGGUUGUAAGUAAACCUGAAGUCUGGACAGAUGAAGAAGCAUUUAGGGAUCCAGAUGAAAGUCAGCGGGAAGAAAAAUGCCUUCAAACUGAAAAUAUUUCUCAGGAAACUCUAGAUUCAUCUACAAAAGUCAUUGUUCCAGGUCAAAAAUACUGCAAGUAUGCCUGGCAGCAGAAUUCCCCUAAUUCUGAGGAUGUACAAGAGGAAGAUAAACUCUCCAAAAACGUGGAAUCAUAUAGGAAAUUAAGCCAUGAGCUGAAGGAUAGGGUAUUGAACAAAGGCUGCCAUCAGCAGUUUGAAUUUCGAGAUGGGCAUAUUUUCAACUCUCCAAUUCCACGCCUUGUCUUGGGAGUCCAACGUUUUAACUUGCGUUCGGGUUCUGAUGUUAUUUUGGUGAGGAAGAAUUCUUACGAUAAACGUCAAAGGUGGUUACACAAGGAAGAUAGCAGGACAUUUCACCUGAUGAGUAAUCCAAAGCUUGUGCUUGCAGUAGCCAUACCCACUGACACAAAUGAAGAUGCAGCUGAGAUCACCAGUUAUCCUGUUAUUGUUCAGAAAUAUAAACCAUAUGGGAAUGGGGCUUCCAACCAAAAGUGGGGUUAUCUGAAAAACAGGAAGGUGCUGAAGGCUUUUUAUAGCACCAAGUUGGACAUCGAAGUCACGACUGCAAACUAUGUUGGUGUUUGUACAUCAUCUGUGGCAAAGGACGAAGAGAUCAACCAAGUAGGUUACUACUUCCGAUUACCUGGUCGCAAGACAAAGAUAAUGGUCUGCUUGGCCUGUGCAAAAUCCCUGAUUGGCCAGAAAGAAGUGAAAAAAUUACCCCCAACGAGCAAGUUCCUCUGUGCCUUUGGUUCCAAGGAGCAAAAGCAAUUCUCCUUAAAAUACCUUAAUGUUAUUGGCACGAACCAGCUGACUUCUGGUCCUCCACUUCCUGAGGGUGAUUUAGCCCCUUACGAAGCUGAAGAUGCUAUAAGGCAUUAUGAAGAUCUUCUAUUAUCUUUUCAAAGAAAGGCCUCCACGCAUACUUUAUCACAUAAUAUUCUGGCAACCAUGCGCCAGACACCGGUGAAAAUAAUUGCACAUAGAAAUGGAACAGGAUGCUCUAAUGGCAAAUUAGUUAUUGCUCAGUCUUUCCCCAUGCUUCUUUCAGGAUGCACAGUACAGCUUGGUCUGACCAGAGCAGCUUCUAGACUCUAUACAUAUGAUGGCACCACCAUUCUCAACCUAAAUGAUUUAAUUCUUUGGGCUGUGAGUGAAACCUUGAAACACAAAAGCUUAGAAGUGAAGAAAUAUGCACUUCCAGAGGAGAACAAAGAAAUAGCCAUUCUGAGUAAAGAAGAUAAAAAAACAAACCAAGGGGAAAUCAAGACACGUUCACACUCGUCGUCAGCCCGUCGGAAUUCUAUCAACAGUGGUUUGCUGACCUUUAUUCUCAAAACACCUAUAGAAGUUUGGGUUUCAUGUGGGGAACCAUUUAUACCUCUGGAUGCUUUGCAAAGAUCAGAAAAACUUGAGAGAGCGAACUGGCUGAAGAAGGACAAAAUUCUGGCUGAUUUGGAUGUCAUGAAACACAAAAUGAGACAGUUAAAAGGACGACGUGUCUUGGCACCUAAAAUCUCCAAAAUGGUUCCCACCAAAAACCAUUCUAGGCAUGGGGAAGUCAAAGGCUGGUCGGAACCCUCUCAGGAGGAAAAGAAGUUACUGGAGCACAUAGAAAGUGCUGAGGCACAACUUUCUGAGGUCCAAAGCCUGCAGACCAAACGCAGUCCUGUAGUGUCAUUGAAACAAAGCAGCCUAUAUACUCAGCCCAACACAAAAAGAGUCCUGGCUUACAUCGUUGGUAAUAAACGUGAAGAUGGCAUUUAUGCCUGGGGCAGAUCGAUUAAUGAGCUCCUGGACCAGUGCUCCACCCGCCUCAGGAUGACGUGCCCAGCCAAAACCCUGUAUACCCCGGAUGGAAAACGUCUCACAUCUUGGAAUGACAUCAAGAGGGAGAUGGUCAUCUGUGUUUCUUCUGGAAACCAUUUUGUAAACCACAAAGAGUCAAAGAAACUGGUGGAUAUCCAAGCAAGUUCUGCUCACAACAGGAAACAGAUGAAGGCUCAUGCCGCAGAUAUUGUUGCACCUGUCAUAGAAAGUUCACAAUCCAAGACAGAUAAGACGGAUUCAGUACUGUCUCUGUACACAUCUCCUGCUCUUGAAGGCUGGGGACAGGUGAUAUUCCAGCCCAUCAAAGACAAGAAUAUGAAACUGAAAAGAACAAAGGACCAGGGAACGAAUACAGGCAAGAAGAAGAAUUUAAGUGGUACAUUGGAAAAACUACUUGGGAAGGGCCUCAUUCAUCCCCUUCUAAACAAAUGA